AUGCGAAUUGAGACGAGCGUUGCGUGUCGCCCAAGCAGCGGAUUUGUCCCGACCGUCGUCACGGUGCCCAAGGUAGCCCGCAUACCGCCGCCGCGCCCGGCCGCAAUCGUGAUUCCGACACCGCCGGCAACGCCGUUCGCUCGCGCGGCCAAGCCAAAGCCUCGCCCUAUUGUGGUGGACACACCUCUUUCGCCGCCGCCUGCUGUGCUAUGCACGUUGAGCCAACCGCCAAAGCGGCGCCGCUCUGUUGUCGACGCUCCACCAGCCCACGCUGCCGAGGUCGAGGCCCCAAGUUUCUCCCGCGAGCACCUCCGAAGGAAAGAGCACGACCGGUGGACGGCUGCCGUUCGGUGGCUCAAGGAAGCCCACUACGCCGAUGCGCAGACGAAAGAAAAGGCAGCGAGCGAAGCGGCCAAGCGCCAGCAUCUCGUCGACAUGGCCAAAACCGUCCGCGAGCAAAAUUUGAAGCGCUUUACAAAGCCUACGCCGGUGCUGCCGAAGCAGCCUCGACAAAGCCGGACGCCAACCGCAGUCGUCAGCCUGCCGCCCAAGAAGCCACCCGUGCCACGGCUCGGGAAGCGCCGGUCCACUAAAACAGUUGUGCCGCCGUCGCCCGUCAGCAAUCAGAAAGAGGUGGCACCGCCACCAGCACCCGCAAUACCCAAGCGAAAAAAGCGAGCUGUUGCGACAAAGCAACCGGUCGACGUCGCCAGCGCCGUGGACGAGACGUCAAAGGCAUCGCUAAAAGCCCGCCGGGCUACGGCGCGGGUAUUCAUGGAGCAGCAAAAGCAAGACCGCGAGAAGCAACGACGGCGCGAGAGACAAUCGGAAGCAGAGCACGCACGCGCGCGCUACGCAAAGCUCCAGCACGUCGAGACGGUUCGACUUCAGCGGCUUCACGACUCGGUGGCGCUGGCAAAAAAGACCAAGCACAUGGAGACACUUGUACGUGCCCAGAUGCAGUCUACGACAGAGCAUGCCAUGGGCUCGGACACACGGCCAUCGGCGGGACGGGCGUUCUGGCCGACGGACGUCGUCGACGACGACGAGAGCGUCGACACGGAGGAUGGACUGGAUGCGAACGCAUGGCCCACGUCACCGCCCAACAAUCCGCCAGUCGACGACACACAGUCGGAAGCUGAAAACGACGAUGAGAACGACGAUGCUAGUAACGACAGUAGCGACGACGACGACGGCGCAAGCACCGAGCCAGAGGACGCGUCGGCACUGCGCAAGCUCUAUGCUCUCAAGCAGCUCACCGACUCGCUGACGAACCGGUUAUCGCAGUUGUCGCAGCCACCGGUCGCACCUCCGCCGGCUAUAGUGCCGAUCAAGUGGCAGGACACGGCGACGGCCGAAAUGGAGGAGCGCAUCGAAGCCGCGCUCGAGAUGUACGCGCCGCAAGCGCUACCGGCACCGUUCAAACCGCCCGUCUAUAUUCCCGCCGAGGCACCGCCGCGGUCGGUGCCGUCGUCCGUGUCGUCGUCGGCGUCGUCGCUCGACGCCAGUGCGUUUUACCGUCCGACGCCUAUGGCACAAGAGGCGCCGGACGCCUCCGACGAUUUGCCAACCACCGAGACGAUGCAAUCGCGUGUGCCAGCAGCAAACAACCAAGACACGAGCGAAGACGACGAUGACGACAGUGACGGAGCGCCGUCCUGGCGACGUCGACCGUCUCUCGUCGACGAACGACCGUCUUCGGCAUGGCGCGUGACGCCGAUGCUACCCCGCCAGCAGCGUGUUUCAAAGACUCACCGUCUGAUUGCAGCCUCGAGGGACGCAUACAGUGUGGUCGAUAUGUUUGCACAAGAGCUUUUGCAGCAGCAACAAAACCAGCAAGCGCUUCGAUAUCCAACGCCUCGGUUCGAAGCCGUCGAGGACACGGAAGACGACGACGACGACGGUCACCGCGAGCAGCGCCCCAGCUGCAUGGUAUCACCGGACGAUACGUUCGUCCGUUCAAGCAGCGACAACAGUGAUGGCGCUCGCGUCUCCGAGCACGACGACUGGCCGGCGGCCUUUUUGGAUCGUGCUCAAGUGGCGGGUCGUCCUAAAGAAGGACAAGACAAGGGCGCGUCAGACGAGGACGCUCCAGAUGAAGGUGCUUUAGACGGCAUGGCGCAGUACGCGAUGGACCCUGAUGUCGAAGCCCUCUUGAGCGAAGCGCACCGCAUCUUGUCUCGCGAGGCAUCCACCGCCGAGACGACACCGCCCCGCGUCUAUUGGGACCAUAUGCUUCUCGAGGACGACGAUAUGGCACCAGCUCUGCACCGACGGCCGCGCGUCACGAUCGUCACAGAGGAGGACGUCAUGGCGCAGCGGCGGCAGUUUUCACCGCGGACUCUAUCCCGACAACUGCUCGCGGCCGUCGAGUUUCAAGAAACGCUGCACGAAGCGCAGAUGCACCUCGAGUCGCUCGAGCACGCGCACGAAGUCCAAGAGACGCAAGACGAGACGCUGGAUUGGAGUCACGCAGUGCGUGCGGAUGUCGAUCACCUCUGCGAGUCCCAUGCGCUUUUGCAAGACACACUGGCGUAUCAAAGCCAGCUGCACGACGAAAAUCUCUUGCGGCAGGCGCGCGACCUCCUCGAGGAGCGGCUCCAAGCACAACGGGACACGGCCGUGCAAACAGAGGUCCCGCUUCGCCACGAUGCUGGCACGGAAGCUACGUGGCGUCAGGACGCCGGCACGAUGGCUAUCGAGGCGCGCGACGGUGGCACGCAGUUUGCGCUCCGGUUGUCCGUCGCGGUGCAGAGCGAUGCACUGACCGUUGACGCCGAGGCAGCGACACCGACGCAGUGGGUCCACGUCGAGCCGACGGCGAAAGACGACGUCGACUACGACAAAGAAGAGGAAGACGCACCCAUAGCACGUAGCGCCAUCAUCGACGCUGAUGUGGAGAGUGCAGUCAACGAGAGCCAAGUCUACUCGGACGCGUUCGAAGCCAGCGUGGCGCGACCGGCGUCCGUUGUCGACAACAGUAUCCUUGAAGACGACGAAGACGUGGACGAUGACGCAGCACCUGAAUUCGAUGGCGGUGACGGAGACGAGAUUGCGGACGACGACGGCGCGUACUCGGAGGGCUUUGAAAGUCCGCGUAAGAGCUCCAUGGCCGACAGUAUAAUCGACGACGAGGACGAGAACGACGGUGCGGUAGCGAAUAUGGCAGCUGCGAUUGUGUCGGACGACGUCGACGAUACCAUCGUCGAAGAAGACGACGCUCCGAUCUACUCGAACGACGUCAACGAUGCUACAGUUGACGACGACGCCGUGCCCAUCUAUUCGGACGGCUUUGAAAGUCCGGGAAAACCUCCCAUGACUUUGUCCACACCAGACGAUGAAGGCGAGCAAGUCGGCGAAGAUGACGCGUACUCGGAGGCCUUUUCCAGCCCUCGGAAGCCGACGUCCGUCGCCGACAGCGUGCACGGCGAAAGUGUGUCGGGGAGCCCGAGACAUGCGUCGGUCGUCGGCAGUGUUGCCGAUGACGCCUACUCGGAGGCGUUUGAGAGUCCGCGGAAAGGGUCGAUUGCCACCAGUGUACCAGACGACGACGACGACGCCGACGUGGGCUCGUUCGAGGACCCACCGCCAGUGCAAGAAUCGUCUGGCAGUAUCGACGACGAGGCGCACGAAACAACCGGCGCGUUGGCACCAACAGCGUACACGCCGCUGCCAUCGUACACGCCGUCGUUGACACCAUUGUCAGCCUCAGCCACGCCGAGCCCGCGCGUGGAAGCGUACUUGAGUUCGCUAGCUCAGAGAGACGCGACCAAGGCUCAGUACAUUCGCCACAUUCUGGUGCGCAAAGCUAGCGAAGACAAGCUCUUGGAGCUCCGGUACGCCCGUUUGACGUCGGCCGGAGCUCUCUCGGCGUGGCAAGUGGAGAUGGAAAAGCUGCAUCUUGACGGCGCUCGCACGGCCAACGUCGCCAAGUGCUAUGAAGACAUGAUGUGCUUUCCGCCCGAGAGCCAAGACGAGGUCCGCGUCCUGGCCGAGGCGUUUGGUGGUUCGCUUGCGACAUGGACACCGGUGCUUGCACCGUCACUGUCCCCCUCCGGACCGUCUCGUCGGGUUGAGACCACCGCCGGCUCGACCCAAGGCAGCAACGAUUAUGCAGACGAGUUCGAAGCAGCGUCAAAAGAUGCAUCAAACGAGGUUCUUGAAGAUAACAACGACGAAACGGUGGUCGAGGCUAGUGUCGAAGACGACGACUACAACGACGACGCCUCGGUGCCAGAUGACGACGCCUCGGUGCCAGACGAUGAUGCGUCGGUGCCAGACGAAGAAGCACCACCCGACGUCUAUGACGAAGCGAGCACCAAGGAUGACACUGGACUGGAGUCGGGUGUCGUGGACGACGCUGUCGCAGACGUCGAGACGGCUGUGCGCGAUGAUGCUGUCCCUGACGACGUUGACGAGGACGAGGAUGGCAUUGACGAUGACGAGUCGGCCAAAGAAGACGCUGAGAUCUACUCGAGCGACAACUUUGCUGCGCCCUCGGAGGACGUGGCCGACGUGUCGGAGGCACCGGUCGCGGAGGAUGACGACCCGGCGACGCCGGUCAACGACACACCCGACGACGUCGGUGUUAGUGGUGUCUAUUCGGACGACGAUUUCGAGGAGCACAAGAGCACGGUCGACGAAGCGUCGCUUGUGUACUCGGUCGACGGGUUUGAAGCACCUGCCAGCGCCACGGAUGUUUCGGUUGUCGACGUGCCCAGUGCGUCACUUCCAGCCGAUCCACUCGUGAACGACGACGCGCCGGUGGAGACUAGCGAGCCCGAAGACGACAUUGCUGAUAUCCCAUCAGAGACGUCUGAGGCCGAGGCCGAAGUGGAAGACGACUAUGACGAUGACGCACCGGUAGCCGACGCCGAGACGACGGCCCAAGACGACGGCGAGUAUUCACAAGAUGAGUUUGCGUCCGGUUCGGCUCCGGUGGACUCUCCAGCUGUCGCUGCCGGGGUUGAAGCCGACGCCGACGAUGGCUACGGCGAUGAUUUUGAAUCGAGUUCAAAGAGCGGUUCCGGCGAAGCAGCGAGCAACACGUCGGAGCAGCUACGGCGGGCGUUGGACGAGCUCCAACAGACGCACCCGCGGCUUGUGUCGGCAGAAGAAGACGCCAAGUACACUCGGCGCAAACUUCAAGCGCUGGCCCUUCUCGAAGCCAAGAAAAACGCAAUCAUCGCGGGCACAAAGCUGUCAGAGCUCGCCGCAAUUGACAACUUGGUCACGUACUCGCUGCAGCUCAACGUUUAUGAAGAGAUUACGAAGCAAACACCCGUGUUUGUCUCGGUGGCGCAAGAUACAGCAACACCGUCGGCGGCCCCAGCCACUACGGUGGCUGCUGCCCCCGAGCCCGACGACUACUCGGACUCGUUCAGCGACGACGAAGAGCAUACUGAUGUUAGAGGCUACGUCGCUGAGACUGCUGCGGCACCCGAUGGAGUGAUAACGCCAGCGCCCGUGGUCCCAGCGCUGGCUUCGAGCUUGGACGAAGAGGAGCAAAGACUCCAAGCCCUUCAGGCGGCCGUGGCAGCCAAGCAGCAGGAAGCCAUGACGGUGCAAGCGCUCGUCGCGAAGGAAGAGCGCAGGAUUCUCAUCCACGAAACGAUCGAGACCCUCCAAGUGCAAUUGGAUCAAACCGAACGGCUCGUGGUGUCGGAGGCAGAUCGACUCGCUGCGCUGCAAGCAACUUCCAAGGACGUGGCCACCGUCGACAAUCCUCAGAGGGCACAAAUCGACGACGCCAGCGACGAAGUUGCUGGUAGCCACGAAGCCGAUGCGAUGGCGUGCGACGACGCUUCGCUCGACGAAAGCUUUUCGUCCGAGAAGGCCGCGCCCUGUGAGAGCGCAUCAAUCUUGGUGAAGGAAAGAGGCGCCGAGGUAGCUCACGUGGACAACGAUGAUGCCACCAACGAUCUCUUGGCUGAUGACGAUGACGGCUCCGUGGAGCUCUCUGUCGUCGAUGGCGAGUCGCUUUCGGACGUCGACGUCGCCGACGCUUCCUUUGGAAGUCAAGAUGACGGCAACGAUGACGAGCCUUCUAUCGUUGUAGCUCCAUUGGCGCUGGAUGCGGCACCAACGAUCGACGUUGCACCGGCACCGACGGUCCCACGCCUGGCUACGACGCCGCAAGUACUUGACGACUCGUUCUCUAGUAUUGUCGACGACGAGCCACCGAGUGUCGAUCUCUUGGACGGUUUUGACGUCGUCGAAGCCGCGCUGCCUGCCAACUGGCUCAGAGAGACGUCGGUGCAAACAGUCGCUACAAUGGAGACGCUCGAUUACAUCGAAGCCGCUUUACCGCCGGUCGAUGCCUCCGGUGACAUCGGCGAUGUCACGAUGACUUCGAUGGACUACCUUGAAGACGCCGAGGCACCAAAACUGGCGACGGCGAUGUCAUUUCUGGACGCGUGUGACCACGUCGAGGUUGCCGAGUUGGUUGCAUCGGCGUCUCAAUCGCCCACGGACGUAUUUGCCUCGUACGAUCACGUCGAGAUGGCCUCGUCCGCGCUCCCUCUCUCGACAAAUGACGUGUGCUCAACCGAGCGAACGUUGGUGGCUGACGCUGAGAGAGAGGACAUCGACAGCCAAGAUGGCGGCGGCGCAGAUUCGGAUGCUCUCUCAGACCAGCACCUUCUUGACGACUCGGUGCCGUUGGAGGGCGAUAUCGACGUCCACUACGAAGUCGAAGCUGUCGAGAUGCCGUCGACGGUUCGCGAAGACCUUCCCUCAACACAGCUUGACGCGUACGAUUACGUGGAGCAAGCUCAAGUACCCUCUGUGAGCGUCAAGUCCGAGCGCAUCGAGGAGCUGCUAGCGACGCCACACGUCGACAUUGGCGCCCUUGUCACCGCGCUGUGGCACAACAUCGAGCAAGACGUCUGGGCAGACGUGCUCUGUACGGCCACUGUGGAGACGACGUACGUCAAUGUCGAAGGCGAGCUCGACAGUGGCGACGAAAAUGUCAUCAACACGGCAGACGACAUGGCCACUGCCACGUCGGAUCGCGUCGAUCGACUCGUGGAUGACAUCUUUAGCGAUGUCCUGCACGACACACUGCUGUCGCUUCGACGUCCAGUCCCGCAGCAGACGACUGUUCCACGGCCAUCGACGCCACCGAUGGCGCCCGUGUUCAAAGCCGACACACUGCGCGACGUGACAGCAUUCAAAGCCGAGUACACCCUGAUGACGCAAGCGCGUCAAGCGUUUGACUGGCAACAAAUCGAUGCCGCUUUGGUCGGUGGGGUCGACGUCGAUGUCGAUCUUCCAGCAAGCACGUUAGCGGCACGACGGCGGUUGAUGCAAGAUUGGCAGCGCGAGAAUGCUGCGCCGUCCGCGCGCCCGCCGGUCGACAACGUACCGAAAAGCGUGAAGGAACUCUUACUCGACGAUACGUCGGGCGCUGCCGUUGCGUCGGUGACAUCUCGCCUCGUCAAGAGCACCGUCGACUCGGAGGCGCGGAUCCUCGACGCUAUUUGGAGCCAAUUACUCGAUGAGGCCGUUGGUGGCAGUCUAUCGCAAUGGCCAGCGCUCGAGAACGCAGACACGUGACCGCCAAGGUCGUUUUGAUAUGCUAGUAAUAUAGGUCUCGCAGAAGCAAAAUUAACGUUACUGCAAGUGUGUG